AGUGCUGGAAUCGACCCCAACAACAAGCCUCGCAUCAGAACCCGUUGGAUCGGUCUUCUCCCGGCAAGCCACGAGACUUUUCACUUCCAACGGCGAGAAAACGGUCGCAACCGAGCUGACAUGACAAACGUCUGCCAAUGACCACUCCACCGUCUGAUUAAAAUCAAACGCCAGCAGCCUAGUCUCUGUGAGUCAGCCCCGCCAUACACUGAACUGCGGCUCUGCUCCUUCUACGUUCCCCCCAAUCUUCCUCUUCCUUUCCUCAAUCCCUCGGUCAUGGCAGGGUGCUCCCUCGACGAUACGAGGGCGGAGUUCUGCCGAAACUCCACCGAGGCCACAAAAUUGAAGCUGGUUUCAAUUAUAAUCAUUCUAGCAUCCAGCGCCGUCGGGAUUUCGUCGCCAGUAGCCCUCGCUCGCCUCUUUGCCAAAAGUCCCGCCUACACAAACGCGCUCCUCGUCAUCAAGUGCUUCGCCGCUGGGGUCAUCCUUUCGACAUCUCUUGUACAUGUACUACCUGACGCUUUCGCCGCCCUUGCUGACUGCCAGAUUGCUACCCGCCAUCCAUGGCGCGACUUCCCUUUCUCCGGCUUGGUAUCUCUCAUCGGUGCCCUCCUUGCCCUUCUUGUAGACGUCACCGCUUCUUCCCAUGCCACCGAGGAUGCCACCAAUUAUGUAAGAGUCGGGUUAGAGGAGGUGGGAAAAGGCGUGGAGAAGCAGAACUCUCCGUCUUCUGCGAUAGCGGAUGUUGCGUGCCACGGUCAUGGGCAUCAGGGGGAAGAGAUGAUUGAUGUGGGAUUGGAUGGGUUGGAUGAAGAGGAGCGGUUGGUGAAGUUGAAGCAGAGGAUGGUGUCGCAGGUUCUUGAGAUCGGGAUAAUUUUCCAUUCCGUGAUUAUUGGUUUGACAAUGGGGAUGUCCCAGAACCAAUGUACUAUUCGGCCACUGGUAGCUGCCCUCGCCUUCCACCAAAUCUUUGAGGGCAUGGGACUCGGGGGAUGCAUAGCCCAGGCUGGUUUUGGAUUGGUAACUGUGGGCUACAUGUGCUUGAUGUUCUCGAUAACAACUCCUAUCGGGAUACUGCUAGGAAUGCUCGUCUUCCAUAUGACCGGCUAUGAUGACAGCAGCCCUAAUGCCCUCAUUCUGGAAGGUCUGUUGGGCUCUCUUUCUUCAGGGAUCUUAGUGUAUAUGGCUCUUGUUGAUCUCAUAGCUGUAGAUUUCUUUCACAAUAAAACAAUGGCUUCCAAUCUACGGUUAAAGAAGUUGUCUUAUAUUGCAUUGGUGGUUGGAUCUGCAUCAAUGUCUAUACUUGCACUCUGGGCUUGAAACAAAUGCACCUUGUAGUUGCUGGUUAGAGAAUGUGCAUUUGUAUUUAUGGUUAAGUUGCCAUCAUCUUGGGAACUAUGGCAUUGAAUUUUUCUUCUAAAAUGAAAAACGUUGUUUUUCAACCCUACUGUGAUUUGAGAAAGUAGAUCUAAAGGCACCUGGUAUUUGGCUUAGUUUUGUUGAGGUCUUCAGCUCCGUUGAAACAACCUUGGGUUCUUGGAUUAACAUGUGUCAUUUAUACAUUUA